CCCUCUAUAACCACUCCUAGUCUCCUAGUGUCUGUCCCCUUCAUAUGCUGGAUUCCUCUGGUAUAAAUACAAUGCCAGGCCAUCUCUGAAAUUUUCACAGAAAACUAGAACUACAGACCUCAAUUGACUUGUCUCAGCAAUGGCAGCAAUAGUUGCAGUAGCCCUUUUCAUCCUUUUUAUUUCUUCUUCAGUCAAUGCACUGAGCUUAAACUACUAUGACAAAACAUGCCCACGUCUGGAUUCCACCGUUACCACUGCUGUCAAGAAAGCAAUCAAAAACGACAAAACAGUUCCAGCCGCGCUGCUUCGAAUGCACUUUCAUGACUGCUUUAUAAGAGGUUGUGAUGCUUCCGUGCUGCUGCAAUCAAAGGGAAAGAACAAAGCAGAAAAAGACGGGCCUCCUAAUAUUUCAUUGCAUGCAUUUUAUGUCAUAGACAACGCAAAGAAAGCGGUGGAAGCUUUGUGCCCCGGUGUGGUCUCUUGUGCUGAUAUCUUGGCUCUGUCGGCUCGUGAUGCCGUUGCUCUGUCAGGAGGUCCCACUUGGGAAGUGCCAAAAGGAAGAAAAGAUGGAAGAAUCUCAAAGGCAAGUGAGACCAUACAAUUGCCAGCUCCCACCCUCAACAUCUCUCAACUACAACAAAGCUUCUCCCAGAGAGGCCUUUCCUCAAAAGAUCUAGUUGCUCUCUCUGGGGGUCACACUCUUGGGUUCGCUCAUUGUUCAUCUUUCCAGAACAGAAUACACAAAUUCAACACCACUCAGGACGUAGACCCCUCGCUGCACCCAUCCUUCGCAGCCAACCUAAGAAGCAUAUGCCCCGCACACAACAAGGCCAAAAAUGCAGGCACCGCCCUGGAUUCAACCACCGCAGGAUUUGACAACGCCUACUUCAAGCUUCUUCUCCAAGGCAAAAGCGUAUUCUCUUCGGAUCAAGCUCUACUCACUGCCCCAACAACUAAGGCAUUGGUUUCCAAGUUUGCAAGCUCCCAAAUGGAGUUUCGAGAUGCUUUUGUGAAGUCCAUGAUCAAGAUGAGUAGCAUCACCGGUGGCCAAGAGAUUAGACUCGACUGCAAAGUAGUUAGAUGAUUAAUUUUAAUUAAUGGUAAAGUCGUGAGGAUUUAUUUGUGGGUGUUGUGUAGUCAAUCUUUCUUCUUCUUGUUUUUUUUUUUUUUAUUUUUUAUUUUUUUUAUUUUGAGGGAUAAGAGGGGAAAAAUAUGUUGCUAUCGUGAACAUGCAUGAAUGCAAGCUCCUCAUGUGUUUUCAGUACCGUUGAAGAUUAAAAGUUGAAUAUCUAUAAGCAUGCUUAAUGGGCAUGUAUUCGAUUUUCAUUUGUUAUAAAUUGGUUGAUUAAGUGGUA